AGAUUUUUGUACCUAUCUCACUCUUUUAUGUCCCGACCUCACACGCUCCGUCUUCGACCGUCCUUCCCUCUCUAACUUUCCCCCUUCCAAAAAUUUUGGCCGGCGAACAUUUUGAUUCUCUUUCUUCCUCGCACUGAAUCUAUAUAUAAUUCAGCCCUCAUCACCCUCCACUCCAGCUAAAUCUCUCUUCUCAUUCUCAGCUCAAUGGAUUACACUUCCGGUUUGGAGCCCAGCAAUGAAUCGGUGGUCGACUUCCGAGGAAACCCGGCCGACAAGACGAGAACCGGCGGGUGGUUAGCCGCCGGUCUGAUAUUAGGAACGGAGUUAGCUGAAAGAGUCUGUGUAGUGGGAAUCGCCAUGAAUCUGGUUACUUAUUUGGUUGGAGAUCUUCACCUGUCUACCUCAAGGUCUGCUAAUAUAGUCACUAAUUUCAUGGGAACACUUAACCUCCUUGCCCUUCUUGGCGGAUUCGUCGCCGACGCUAAGUUAGGCCGGUUUCUCACCGCCGCCACCGCCGCCGCUAUCGCUGCCGCGGGAACCAGCUUGCUGACAAUGGCAACCUCUCUGAGCAGCAUGCAGCCACCGGAAUGUGACGAUUUCCGGCUUAAAGAACACGAAUGCGUAUCGGCGAGCGGCGGACAGCUAUCAAUGCUGUUCGCAGCGCUGUACAUAAUCGCGGCCGGCGCGGGCGGUAUAAAGGCAAACGUGUCGGGUUUCGGGUCAGAUCAGUUCGAUAACAGUGACCCGAAGGAGGAAAGGUCGAUGGUUUUCUUCUUCAAUAGGUUCUACUUCUGCAUCAGUCUGGGUUCGUUGUUUGCUGUGACGGUGUUGGUUUAUUUACAAGACAAUGUUGGGAGGGGAUGGGGGUAUGGGAUAUCGGCGGCGACGAUGGUGGCGGCGAUGGUGAUUUUGCUCGCCGGAACGACGAGGUAUAGAUUCCGGCGGCCGCAGGGGAGCCCGCUGACGGUGUUGUUGCGGGUUAUGUGGAGGGCGAGGAGGAAGAGGGGAUUGGCAUAUCCAGAGCAUGUGCAGGAGCUUCAUGGUUAUGAGGCAGCCACGGCCCCGCAUACUGACCGGCUCAGGUGGCUUGACAAAGCAGCAAUCCUGCAAAGCCAUGAAAUCUCAGCUCCAGAAUCUUUCAGUGAAGGAAAAAAGACUGUCAACACAACUAAAGUGUCCACUGUAACAGAGGUGGAAGAAGUAAAGAUGGUGCUAAAACUGCUACCAAUCUGGGCAACCUGCAUUAUGUUCUGGACCAUAUAUUCUCAGAUGACCACUUUCUCAGUUGAGCAAGCCACUUACAUGAACCGCAAAGUUGGCUCCUUCACUUACCCUUCUGGCUCGCUCUCCUUCUUCCUCUUCAUCAGCAUCCUCCUCAUAACCUCCCUCAAUGAAAAGCUCCUCGUCCCCCUCGCCCGCGGCUUCACGCAUAACGUUCAGGGCAUCACCAGCCUCCAAAGAGUCGGCAUUGGCCUCAUCUUCUCAGUGAUUGCGAUGGUUGUUGCUGCAGUGGUCGAGAUGAGAAGAAAAGAGCUUGCAAACGAGGGGAGCAAAACUGUAAGUGUGUUCUGGCUUGUUCCACAGUUCUGCUUGGUUGGGAUAGGAGAAGGGUUUGCUUAUGUUGGGCAGCUGGAGUUCUUCAUCCGCGAAGCGCCGGAGAAGAUGAAGUCGAUGAGCACAGGCCUCUUCAUUAGCACCAUAUCAAUGGGGUUCUUCUUGAGCAGUGUUUUGGUGACUAUAGUUGAUAAGGUUACAAGUGGAGGUUGGAUUAAGAAUAAUUUGAACAAUGGGAGACUGGAUUAUUUUUACUGGAUGCUUGCAGUGCUUGGUGUGCUGAACUUCAUAGUUUUCUUGGUAUUUGCAAGCAGGCAUCAUUACAAAGCGAACACGUAUCAGUGGAAGAACCAGGGUAAAGAGCUCAAAGUAUGGAACGAUGAAAACUGUGAAGUAAAACAGCAUGGAGAGUUGGUUUAGUAAAUCUUGGUUUUUUUAUGGAUCGCAAUUUUGGAUUUGUUCAUGGAAGCUUGCAGAAGAUGGGUAUGAUAUUUAAGGUUUUGCAUGGAUCUGCAGGUUGCAAUUGAUGCAGAAUUGUGAAUCCAUGAGUAAAAGAGUAUGGGUCAAGAGCUGCAAGGUUGGAAGCUUCAGAAGGGUGGUUCUAUGAAACUAUAAGAGAGAGCAUUUAGCAAUAUGUAUUCAUGUCUACUCAGAAUAAAAUUAGUAAAAUUAAUUGCA